AUGCGAUGCGCGAGCAAGGCCGCCGAGAGCGCGUCCGCACGUCUCUGUGCGGACGCCGAAGCAGAAACCACAGCAACUGAUGUCUCAUCGAUUGCUGAAGCGACCCAGCCUGUGUCACUUGGUGAUGCAGGCGCUGGUCAUGAAGACACUCAUGUCUUCACAGAGUAUGAGCUCGGUGUCUCGUACUCUCCUGAUACGGAAGACGGAUCCGUAUCGACGGCAAUUGAAUCCAAGCCGCCUGCCAAGCGUGGCAUGGACGAUGCUUUGCGUCGCAGCAUCUUUGGUUCAUUUUAA